AUGCUUCCGGCACGCUUAUGGAGCACGCUUCUUGUGGGUGUCGUCGCUGCUCUCACGACGACGGCCCUGCCUGCGGAGAAGAGGGGCGUACUCUACCCUGAGGAGGCGGUGGCAAUUGAGCUACUCAUCAGACAGGCCGGCAAUCAAACGGCCGCGACCUCAUCAAGACUCACUACUACCGUGGCUUCAUCUUCGAGCACCAACAAUGUCUCUGGUACCAGCACAAGAAGUGCCUCCAGCACUAGCACGAAUAGCAACUCCAGCACCAGCACGAAAAGUACCUCCAGCACAAGCUCGCCCAACCCUUCGUCGAGUGGUGUGCUGCGCACUAGUGCACAGGCUUCAGGCGGUGGACUGCCUUCACCUCCUUCCGGCUCGAGGCUGACGCAGCACACCAUCAAUGGGAAGCCCGGGACGACUGCUACCGUGCCCAUUUUUGCCAACAAGAAUUAUAUCGGUAGCGGUUCCAACGGCGCGAGCAGCGCCUGGAUAGGCUUGCACGGUCGACUCAGGAAUGGGUGAGUUUGUGUUGAGUACCGAGCGUCUACACACGGACCGUCUGAUCUCUGACAGGUGGUCUACCACCGCACAGCAAUCAAUUAUUCUCCGACCUUUACAACGUCGUUGGCGACCAAGGCGUAGCUGUCGUUCCCAACUUUUAUGGCCCCGACGACGUUCGUACGGUGCAAAAUGCUCAAAAUCAGGGCAAGCCGAAUCCCAUCUGGUUGCAACCAGACAGAAAUGUCAUCUGGAACGACGACUGGCGUUACGGAUCAGAUGCCGUUGCUGGGGGUACGAGCCGGCCGCUCAAUGGCGAAUCUGUCUCGAGUCUCGAGAUUCUCGACUCUCUCAUCAAGAAUCUAUCGAACAAGAGCCGGUACCCCAACAUGGCUCGCAUCACCGUCGUUGGACAUUCUGCUGGCGCUGCGCUCGUCGACAUAUAUUCUCACUUUGGUCCAAAUGCCCCAUCCGGAAUCAAGAUCCGAUACGUGGAGGCGAAUACCCCAACCUCCUAUAUGGUGAGCAUGCUUCGGCUGGGACUCUCUGGUUGCGCAACCUUAUGGAAAUGUGGCUGACUUCAGUGCUACCUUCAGGUUGACUCGCGAAGACCCGUGGGGCCCAUCGACCUUGCGAAGUGUCCAAACUACAACAAUUGGCCCUACGGUCCGGGAGGAGCAAAGCCGCGCUACAUCAACAAUGCAAUGUCAAGCUGGUCCUUCCAACGCACCUGCAGCCGCGAUGUCGUCAGGCUGAGCGGCACUAAGGACACGUAUCAGGCGGACUCUGGAGGCGACCAAAGCUGCAUGUCCUGGGCUCAAGGUGGCCCCGACCGCACCAACCGCGGUCAAGCUGCUUGGGUCAUUGACAAUCUGAGAGCCAACACGAAACGAACUGACCUGCGCUACUACGCAUCGUACCAAAAUAUCACCACUUUCCAAGGCGGAGUUCCAGUGCAGGAGGUCCCUACAUUCAGGAAGACGUUUGCGCUGGUGUAUGGCGUGGCACACGUCGCCGGACAGAUGUUUGCGUCGGACUAUGGUCGCCAAGCACUUCUCAAGACAACACCCAUCAGCUACACUCAGACCGAGCCUGCACCUUAUUGA